AUGAAGCACCGCGAUCUGCUCAAGGGACGAGUUAAGCGACUGCUGAAGGAGCAAAAAGAUACGGGUCAAGUGGGGGAGUCAGCCGUGGCUGGUUGCGUAUCAGCAGUGCAGCUGUUUGUGCGAGACUUGGCCAGAAAAAUGCAAAUGCAGUCGGUGGAAGGUCAAGCGCUGACGCCGAUUGAAUUAAAGAAAAGUGUACUGUCAAGUGGAGAGCUCAAGUUCCUGCAUGAGAAAGUGGCUGCUAUUGACGAGAGUGCUGUUAAGUACCCCACUUCAACACGACGCGGUGGCAAGAAGCGGACACCAACAGCUACUGCUGAAAAGUCGUCAAGUAAGAAGGCAAGAACCACAACGACAGCCAAGAAGACGGUCAAGAAUAUAGCAAAAGCAGUUGAAGUGUCAUCUGCAAAGACUAAGGAUGGGCGGCCACAUUUACAGAGCAAGGAAGCUUUGCCAGUCCAGGACAGUGUCUCGUCCAUACAUCAAGCUCAACUGCCGGUGGUGGAAGAAGACGAAGACUACGACGAAAGUGAUAGUGACGCGUGA